CGGCGGGCGGGGGGCGCCGCUCUCCGCGCUCCGCUCCCUCCGCUCCUCCGGUGGCGGCGGCGGCGGCGGCGGGGGCCGCGGCAUGAGCCCGGCGGUGCGGGAGGCGAGCGGCGCGGCGCGGCCCCGCGCGGGGGGGCGGGCGGCGGCGGCGGCGGCGGCGGCUCCUCUCCCGCCGAGGACGGGGCGCGGCGGCUCGCCCCACCGCGCAGCCAUGAGCGCGGGUUCGAUUGAGCAAGAGCCGUCGCGCAAGCUGGCCUGCUGCGGGGUGCCCCUCAUCACCGAGGACAUGCAGUCCCUGGCCAUCCGCACCCUCUCGGGCACCGACAUCAGCAAGCACUACGACCUCAUCCGCGAGCUCGGCAAGGGCACCUACGGCAAGGUGGACCUGGUGUCCCACAAAAGCACAGGCACCAAGAUGGCCCUGAAGUUUGUCAACAAGAGCAAGACGAAGCUGAAGAACUUCCUGCGGGAGUUCAGCAUCACCAACACACUCUCCUCCAGCCCCUUCAUCAUCAAGGUCUUCGAUGUGGUCUUCGAGACCGAGGACUGUUACGUCUUUGCUCAGGAGUAUGCCCCCGGCGGGGACCUCUUCGACAUCAUCCCGCCACAGGUGGGGCUCCCCGAGGAGCUGGUGAAGCGCUGUGUGCAGCAGCUGGGCCUGGCCCUCGACUACAUGCACAGCAAGAGCCUGGUGCACCGGGACAUCAAACCGGAGAACGUCCUGCUCUUCGACCGUGACUGCCGCCGCAUCAAACUGGCCGACUUCGGCAUGACCCGCAAGGUGGGCUGCCGGGUCAAGCGCAUCAGCGGCACCAUCCCCUACACGGCGCCUGAGGUUUGCCAAGCCGGCCGGGCGGAGGGCUUCGCCGUGGACACCAGCAUCGACGUCUGGGCUUUCGGGGUGCUCAUCUUCUGCGUCCUCACCGGUAACUUCCCCUGGGAGGCGGCGGCGGCUUCCGACGCCUUCUUCGAGGAGUUUGUGCGGUGGCAGAAGGGGCGGCUGGGGGGGCUGCCCUCGCAGUGGCGACGCUUCACAGACAGCGCCCUGCGCAUGUUCCAGCGCCUGCUGGCCCUCGACCCCGAGAAGCGCUGUCCCGUCAAGGAGGUCUUCUACUUCAUCAAGUGCGACCUGAUGGCCGAGGUGCGGCGCCGACCCUCCUACCGCUCCCGCAAGCACGCCGGGGACAAGCUCCCUGCCGGUCCCCAUCGCCACGAGGCGGCCGGCUCCUGCACCCCCACUCCACUCAAGAGGACCGUCCUGACCGAAGGGAGCGGACCGCGUGGCUCCGAGCCGAGCGCGCCCCCCCCGGGGACGGCGAGCAGGACAGACGGACGGCAGGACAAAGGCAAAGGGCAGAUGGUCCUGGCCACAGCAAUAGAGAUCUGCGUCUGACGGCGCCGGGGCGGCAUGCGGCGGCCGCCCGUCCCGUCCCGUCCCCCGGCCUCGGGGAUGGGGGGUGUUGCUCGUGGUGGUGGCACGAGCCGGGACCAGGCUCCGGAUCUCCCAAAGCAAAA